AUGAAAGAAAAUAGCAAAGAAUUUCAUUUAGCUAUGGCAGAUCUAAAGAAAUUAGAAAAGAAGUUACAAAAUAGAUAUAAUUAUAGAAUUAAUAUAGAAGAAAAUAGCAAAAUUUUUCAUUUCGCUAUGACAGAUCUAAAGAAUAAUCUAGAAAAAUUUAAAGAAAUAGUUGAUUUUCUUGAAGAAGAAAAUAAGAGAUUAAAAGAUAUUUCUAAAAAAAAAGAGCGAAUAUUAUCAACUAUUAACCUUUCAAUCAAUAAAUAUAAUGAAUCGAAUUUUCUUGAGGAAAAAGAGCCAAUAUUAUCAACUAUUAAUCUUUUAGUAAAUGAGAUCAAUGAUAAAUAG